AUGGAUACGGUGCCUGUUGUACCAAAAUGUUUUGGAAUAUUUCCGCCAAAAUACGGAACUUAUUUGAUCUCAUUGUGUGGAUUAAGUAUGGGUGGAUGCGGGCUAUCGGGGGUAGUACUAUAUGGCCUUGUCGAAGACAGUGUUGUGGCACAUUUCCUGAACAGACAGCCAGUGGACAGCGGAAUGAAAAAAGCUGUUCUCUUAAUUAUUGGAAUGACUUCUCUCUUAUUAUUCUGUGCAAGUUUUCUGCUAUUCGUUGGUCUGGCGUUCAAAUCAACCGGGAGCCUGCUUUUAGGGGUUUGGAUCCUUUUUGCUAUGUGUAUGCUGGUUAUUACAGCUUCUAUAGUACUGCCUAUUUCAUGUUUUUUUAUACCUGAUUCAUGCGUUAUAAAGAAAUUUUCGGCCGUUGUACUCACACUUUCUUAUAUUACAAUAACAAUAUUCCUUUGGUUUUGGCUAUAUUUCGUGGUGGUUGUAUUUAAUCAUAUAAAUGCAAUAUCUAGCGCCAUUUGAGUAGGCACUUAACUAAACAUAAAUAAUGUUGAUAUUAAAACUAAGUUUAAAUAUGUGGCUAAAAAUCAAUGUACCAAAAUAUAAUAAUAACUGUUACUUACCCAAAUAACUGAGCUUUUAUUUAAAACAGUAGUUUAUUUGUUUAAAUUAGUGUAGGAUGUAGGAUUUAUGUAAAAAAUCCUAUCAACCUUUAGUUAAGUGCUACUCAAACGGAGUAUAGGUAUUAAAUGGUGUUUUAGUGUUAAAUUCUUGUUUAGUAGAUUCAUAUUAAGUAUG